CCUCACCGCCCCUCCCUGCUGUGCGCUCCGAGGCCCGCGGUCUCUGCCCCUCCUUCCUCGCCCCAAACUUUGGCGGGCGGCCGGGCGACACCACGAGUUAUUUCCCUGCUAUUUCCCGGCCCGGAGCUCUUGGCCCCCGCUCCUCUGGUUUCCUUUCCGAGCGAGUCUGGGAGGAGCCGAGCGGCGGCGCGCGAGCGGGACGCGGGGACCCCGGGGCAGGGGGCGCCUGGCCGGGGAGAAGCGCGGGCGGAAGCGGGGCGACCCUCGGGUCCCCCCGGCGCCCCCAGAAGCGGAGAGGGCGGCCGCGCCCGAGGAGCCGAGCUGCGAGAGGGACGCCAGGAGGACCCCAACGCCAUGCGGCCGCUCCUCGCUCUGCUGCUUCUGGGCCUGGCGGCCGGCUCGCCCCCGCUGGACGACAACAAGAUCCCCAGCCUGUGCCCGGGGCACCCCGGCCUUCCAGGCACGCCGGGCCACCACGGCGGCCAGGGCCUGCCGGGCCGAGACGGCCGCGACGGCCGCGACGGCGCGCCCGGGGCUCCCGGCGAGAAAGGCGAAGACGGGAGACCCGGGCUCCCGGGGCCCCGCGGCGACCCCGGGCCUCGGGGCGACGCGGGACCCGUGGGGGCGCCCGGGCCGGCCGGCGAGUGCUCCGUGCCCCCGCGCUCCGCCUUCAGCGCCAAGCGCUCCGAGAGCCGCGAGCCCCCGCAGUCCGACGCGCCGCUCCCCUUCGACCGCGUGCUGGUCAACGAGCAGGGCCACUACGACGCGGCCACCGGCAAGUUCACCUGCAGGGUGCCCGGCGUCUACUACUUCGCCGUCCACGCCACCGUCUACCGGGCCAGCCUGCAGUUCGACCUGGUCAAGAACGGCCAGUCCAUCGCCUCGUUCUUCCAGUUUUAUGGGGGGUGGCCCAAGCCAGCCUCGCUCUCCGGGGGUACCAUGGUGAGGCUGGAGCCGGAGGACCAGGUGUGGGUACAGGUGGGUGUGGGCGAUUACGUGGGCAUCUAUGCCAGCAUCAAGACUGACAGCACCUUUUCGGGGUUCCUGGUGUAUUCCGACUGGCACAACUCCCCCGUGUUUGCCUGAUGGUCCUGCGGAUUCGGGCUCCAAGGGGAGAAGCAGCAACAUCCUCAGGAGGGCUGGUCUCCCCCCCACCUCCGCCCCCAAGUUGUGAUGACCUCAGGGGGUGCUGAGGGACCAGGAACAAGGCUGGUGGUCCCGGUCCCCAGGGCUGAGUUUCUUCUCCCUCUGGGGUGCUGCAGCUGUUCCCUGGCCCAGGCUGCUGAGGUGGGGUGCCUGCCAAGGUGGGGUGCGCUC